AUGGACGAAGAUAAUCGAGAAACGAACGAAAAAGAAGUCCAUUUUAGCCCCUGUACAGUACAAGAAACUCGGGAAUCCGAAUUAAGACUCACUCCUUCCGAACGAGAAUUGCGUCGGAGAUUAAGGGGCGUCGUUAGUGAUUUGAAAAAAAAGAAGGUUUUCAAAAAAAUNGACAGAUUUGGAAUAAGCAGAGGACAUGCCUAUAGAGAAUUUGUAUAUUUUAUUAAAACCGUGUCUUCGUUAAGAUCUAAAAUUAUUGUUUGGCCCAAAGGUGAAAAAGCUAAAAGCACCAUAAGGAACUUUGAGACCUUACGAGAUAUAAGCUUUCCAGAUGUAAUUGGAUGUAUAGAUGGAGCCCAUAUAUCGAUAUCAGCCCCAAAAGCAUCAAAAAAUGCAUAUUUUAAUAGAAAGCAGUAUACAUCUGUAAUUCUUCAAGCAGUAUGUGAUUCCAAAUUAUUGUUUACAGAUGUGUUUGCAGGGUGGCCAGGAUCUUCACACGAUUGCAGAGUUUGGAGCAACUCACCACUAUGUGAAGCCCUAGAAAAAAACCCUAUGAUUCCAGAAGGGGCCCAUCUCCUUGGAGAUGGAGCUUAUCCACUUUCUUCAAGUAUGAUGAUACCCUAUAAAGACAAUGGUCAUUUGACAAGGAAAGAGAAACUUUUUAAUCAAAUUUUAAGUUCGAGUAGGGUCGUCAUUGAACAAGCAUUUGGACAAUUAUUUGGGCGAUUUAGAAGACUAAACCAUUUGUUUAUGUUUAGAGUUGAUCGAAUCCCCCAAGUUAUUGUAACAGCGUGUAUUCUGCAUAAUUUAUGUAUUUUAGAGAAUGAUGAAUAUUUAGAUGUGUUUGAUAAUGUUUCUGCAUCAUCUUGGAAUACAACUGUCCCUGUAAAUUUUUCUCAAAGAACAGAAGUGAAUAGAGUUGAUGGAGUAAAAAAAAGAGAACACAUUGCUAAUAGAUUAUUUUUACUGGCAAAUUGUUAACGUAAUUUAACAAACAAAUUUCUCUUAUUAAAAUUGUUAUAUAUAAUUAACAUGUAGAUUUCUGUAAUGUAAUGUAAUAAAACUUACUCUUAUAUAAUGAGAGUAAAAGUAAUGAAAUUGUAAUUUUUGUCUACUUGCCCAAGUUUGUCAAACAGAUAAACACUACAUUAAUAAAAU